CUUGUACGACUUAUAAAUCUGUCUGAAAAUGUCAGAUACGCAGACUUUGACAGACAAAGAGGCGUUACACGAGACAAGGCUACAUAUAAAAUUGACAAAUAAAGGAAUGCUCAUCUACGGUGGCUGGAGUAACGAAAGAUUACUCAACUUACUGAAGGACAAACUUGUGCGACGUAACGAUAUUAAAUCUUCAUUCAUGUGUAGCGACGUGCAAUACGAUGCGUCACGCGAUAAAUUAUUACAUUUUGUUAUUCAUAGUGGAAUGUAUACCGAGUGUGUUUUACUGGAAUUAGAAGGAAAAGGAAUGUCACCACGAAAUAUCGUAAAGGCAAUGAAAUAUGGUCUUCUCAGUCUUGCUCCUGAGGAACUGAAAUAUUUCCAAGGCUUUGGAGCGGAAACGGACGCGGGUACAUGGUCGAAGAGACUCGACGAUAAAUUGAUUUGGAAUCUGGCUGCUACUGGAUUAACUGAAAAUCAAUGCUGGACUAUUGUUACGUGUGGACUGGCGUCUCAAGACGGAGAUACAUUAUAUCGUCUUUUAUCGAGUGGCAUCGAUGUUCCAGGAAUUCUGAACUGGCAAGGGAAAGUUAAAUCAGCUUCGCCGACGGUAAUUCGUUUUCUCAAAAAGCUUGGGCUGGACGAAGGCACUUGUAAUUAUGUAGAAGAGAACGGUAUCGAUGAAGAAGCGGAAGAUGUUCUAAUUGAUCUUGGGUAUAAUGAAUACAGAGAAAAGGAAGCUUUGGGAGUAGUCGAGGAAAUAUUAUGUGAAUGCAGUUUAAUUAUAUUGGAAUCACGUUCUACCUUUUCGGAAGGAAAAACGACUGAGUCGGCAUCCGAUAAUUCAUCGAAGACAUCUUGUGGCUUAAGUGAAACGGCUUUCUCAGAUAUUUCUAUCACAACAAGCACACAAUAUGAUCCUGCCACGUGCAUUUGUUAUACGAAUUUAUUGCCGAAAAAACGAGGUAGUGAAACUCUGAAGAGAAACGAUUAUUUGAGACAAAAUGUGAUGGUGCCACUAUCGUGGGCGAUAAGCAGAGCUUUGAGAUAUCAGCCGUCGGAUCCUAAACAUUACAUAGCCCAUCAAUUGUUACGUUGGAAGUACGGAAACGUUUCACAAGAGGAAAUGCAUAGUGCUCAACAAUUUAUCGCUUCCGCUACGAUAAUGAUGGACCAAAAACUUGUGCAAGAAUGUAAACGCAAAGAAGACCUUGUUAAGUGCUUCAAUCAAAAUACUGCAAAAGAUAUUGUUUGCGACGUGUGUUUAGAACGACAGAAACUGCAUCGCAUCAAAAAGUGUUGUUGGAAAUGUAUAAGAGUUCCUCAAGCAAAUUAAAUUUGCAAAAAGCGAUACAUUUAAUUGUGAAGAAAAAAGGUUUUAAAAUGUUUCAAAAAUUCGAAACGAACAUUUUUUCCUCUCUUAAAAGUUGCUAAAUAGGACAAGAGUUUUCGAUGGCAAUUUCUUAAAAAAUUCGUUUAUUUUGUAAUUGGACUUGUACAUUCAUCGCAAGUUUAUCAGAAGAAUAUUUCGGUGCAGAAAUCGCACGAGAGUAUUACAUGGAACGGAAUGGAAUGAAUGUGACAUCACAAUUAGAGAUGCUUGUAAUACAUUCUGGCAGUGAUCGGAAUUGUUAGUACACAAGGUACUAAAUACUUUCUGUUUCGUUCUAUUUUGUAUACUAUUGUACUCGACCAAACAUUUUUAGUAACGCAUCUACGAUAAUAAUAUACGAGAACUGUAUAUUACAUAAUUUAUCUUUAAAAAAAAAAAACCUUAUUAAAUGUGAAACAU